GUCAAUAUUCUGGAACACGUGGUUUAUUUUUAUUGGAAGUAGCUACGCAUACAUCCAAGGUGCAUUCUUUUUAAAGGAGAAACACUGUCGGGAUCGGAAAAUUGGGGAAUUUUUCAUAGGUGCUGUUAAUAUCGAUCGGACUCAGAAAAAAUGAUGCGGUUGCGUACAUAUGCGAGCCUUAGUUUGGUUGCUACCAUAGCAGUUAUUUAUCAUGCGUUCAACAGUAGAGGCCAGUUUUAUCCAGCUAUGGUUUACUUGUCGACCUCUAAGAUCAAUUUGGUGCUGCUUCUCAACAUGGGUCUAGUUAUUAUGUGCAUGUUGUGGCAAUUGACUAAAAGUAUUUUCCUUGGUUCCCUCCGAGAAGCUGAAGUUGAAAGAUUGAAUGAGCAGUCAUGGAGAGAAGUUAUGGAAAUCCUCUUUGCUAUCACUAUUUUCAGGCAGGACUUCUCAGUGACAUUUCUUGCUAUGGUCACUGCUUUGUUGUUAAUCAAGGCAUUACAUUGGUUAGCUCAAAAGAGGGUUGAGUACAUUGAGACAACCCCAUCAGUGCCGACAUUGUCUCACAUCCGGAUAGUGUCAUUUCUGGGGUUUCUUCUUCUUUUAGACAGUCUGUUUUUGUACAGUUCCGUUAAGUUUUUGAUAGAAACUCGCCAGGCAUCUGUUUCUCUCUUCUUCUCCUUUGAGUAUAUGAUACUAGCAACAACAACGAUCUCUACUUUUGUAAAAUAUAUUUUCUAUGUGAGCGACAUGCUAAUGGAAGGACAAUGGGAAAAAAAGGCUGUCUACACCUUCUAUUUGGAACUUAUUCGAGAUUUGCUUCACUUGUCAAUGUACCUCUGCUUCUUCCUUGUGAUUUUCAUGAACUAUGGUGUACCUUUGCACUUAAUAAGGGAGCUUUAUGAGACAUUCAGGAACUUCAAAAUUCGUGUUGCUGAUUACAUUCGUUACCGGAAGAUCACUUCCAAUAUGAAUGAUCAGUUUCCAGAUGCCACACCUGAAGAGCUCAAUGCAAGUGAUGCCACCUGUAUUAUUUGUCGUGAAGAAAUGACCACAGCCAAAAAAUUAAUCUGUGGGCAUCUGUUUCAUGUUCAUUGUCUUCGUUCAUGGUUGGAGAGGCAACAUACUUGUCCUACAUGCAGAGCCCUAGUUGAACCAUCUGAGAGUGGAGUGCAACAUGGAUCACAAUCAGAUACACGUCGGCAGGGGACUGGCAGCACAACUACAGGACCGCAGGGCUCAGUCAGCAGUGUGCCAGAUGAUAAUUUGGGCGAGCAUCAGGCUAGACUCCAAGAAGCAGCAGCAGCUGCUGCUGCUGUAUAUGAGAAAUCUUUUGUUUACCCUUCUGCUAACACGCUUGUGUGGUCUCCUGGGUACGUCUUUCUCCCUCAAGCUCAAAGGCCUUUGGCUGAUGCUGCUAAUGGAGAGUCAAACAGAGGACAAUCACAGCGGGAGUCUGCAUUCCAUGGGCCUUCAAACUUGUCCAUGCCGCAAUUUCCCCAUGUCUUUGUACCCUUUCAGGUACCUGGUGCCAAUGCAAAUUCUGGAGAUAUGUUGGGCAGUAUACCAAGCUCCGAGUUGGAAGCUCAGAAAAAGCUAAUUCAACACCAGAUUGAGGUCCUGCAAAGGCAGCUUCAACUUCUACAUCAGCCAAAAGGUGAGGAUAGGUUGCAUAUGGAUCCAACACCAUCAUCAGAAAGCAAAGGCAAGACAGUCGUAUCAUCAUCUUCAACCCCAUCAGACUUUAGUCAUCAUGGAGAGAGUGAUCUGUAGUCCUUGAGCAAAUUGUAGAUGUAUUAUGAGACCAAAUGGAGUGUUGUUUAUAUAGAGCAAAACAAGAUUUAGAAAAGAUGCCACCAUUACUCACAAACGUAGCACUCCCCCCGGGUGUUGUCGUUUUCUUUUUUUCUUUCUUUUCAAUUUAUUCUUCUCUCCUGUAACGUUUUUAAAAUGAAAGAAUAAAAAGUUCUUUGCAGAGAGAAAUGUUUCUUUUACAUUUUUC